UUUACGUGUUUCAUUGUAGCAAAACAAAACCAUGUUCUAUCUUGGUUACAUCACUGCUUGUUGCUGGUUUCUCCGCGACACCCUUCCUGGAGCUCAGCUGUUUUUUCUCCCUGCGCGCGGCGACAAGCGGGUUGGACGAUGCUAUUGCGGCGUUUUAAAGGGAAAAAAGCUCAUGACAGAAUAACAACACAAGGCAGUGCGUCGCCGCCAGCGCCACAUAUCAGUGUUUCUUAGUUUAAAUCCGGAUGAGGUGCUUUUGAUCUUUCUCGCACGCGCGGUUGGACUCGGACAACGCAGGUAGUUUUGGGGAGAAUUUGGUGAAACGCACCUGCCGCGAACCGGAAAAAGCACAUGGACAUCUGUUCCCUGGACCUCAAGUCGGACAUCUGAGUAUUUCUAUCAAACAUCUCUCUUUGUUUGGCCGCCAUGGAGCAUGCACAGUUUUCAAUCUGCAACCUCGGUUUGAUUUUUACUCGUCGCGGGGAUUCAAACCAGCCCGAGUGUGAGGAUGACAGCUGAUCGCCCCUCCUCUCCCGGGACUUAAAUAAAAACGCGCUCCAUCUGAAUCCGCUGCCCUCGAUCGGAGUCUCAGUUUCAGCUGUGUUUAACAAUAGAUGGAGCGCAGAGGGCUGUGACAUUUGGUUGAUUGCCACCUUCCCCUGAUCAGGUUACCUUCACACGCGCAAUCCGUCAGAGGUGUCACCGGCAGUCAUAUUUCACUGGAGGCCUUUUAAUGUCAUUUGUACUCAUUUGGAAGACUGUCGCUCUGUAAGGAAGUGUUGCAGCACUGUGGAGAUAUCACCUCUCCACAUGGAAACUAAAUUCUUGCUCGCUGAUACUUUGCGCUAAACCCCAUGGCCCGGGGAUGAUCCUUGAGUAGCCGAUAAAAUAAUCAGCGUCGCGGUGUCAGCAAAGGCUUGAGCUACAGGGGAUUUGUGUAGAUUAUCGCCGGACUGCUAUUUUGCUCCCCCGGUCACACUCUUAACUGAACUUAGCAGCUUUUGAUCUGCAGCCUUUUCCCUGCUGCUGCAGCCAGCCUGGAAACUCCAGCAGGGAAGCCUGUUUACAAGCCACGCUAUUCAUAAGGGGGGAAAGGGGAGGAAAAACCGGGUUGCAUUCAUAGGCAAUGACUGCCACAGAGGUGUUUGGACCCAGAUCUGAGGAUACGACGCGUUUGGCGCUGCUGUCACCCCGUGGAUCCGGGGGAAUGAGGCGCGCUUUAAGGCAGUAGUCAACACUCGUGUUUACGCGCAGGCUGCCUGCGAUGCCGUCGCUUUGAGCGGGAGACCUUCAGAAAGAGCCAGACAGAAAUAAAACACAGAGCAGCCACUUUCCGGACCUCUUUUGACUAUCUACCGGGCGGCUACCGGAGGAUGUUUGAGCCAGGAUGCUGCGCUUCCCCGUGAAGAAGAUCCGGAAGCAGUUCAAGCUCCUGCUGCUGCUGGUGCUGCUCACCUCCGCCGUGUGGUUCACCUACCUGCACAUCAACCAGGGCAAGACCAUCAAACUCCACUUCAACUACGGAAAAGAUGGAGAGAGACAGACGGAGGGGACGGACGCCAGCCGCAAGAGGGACACUCGCUCCUCAGCCGGCCACCACAAGAGUGAGGACACCAGCGACAGCAGGGAAGACGAGGCUGCAGAUGAUGAGCCAAUCACAGGAGGGGCUGAUGGAAGAGACCACACCCGCAUCCGGAAGUUUCUCAGCCAGCGCCACAAGAAAUUGCCAUGGAAACCGGAGUAUAAGGGCCAGGCCAACCUGCAUGUAUUUGAGGACUGGUGUGGCUCCUCUGUAGCUCAACUCAGAAAGAACCUGCACUUCCCUCUUUACCCUCAUACAAGAACCACGUUGAAGAAGCUGGCAGUCGCUCCAAAGUGGAAGAACUAUGGCCUGAGAGUAUUUGGCUUUCUUCACCCUUACAGAGAUGGUGAUUUCCAGUUCUCUGUAUCAUCUGAUGAUAACUCUGAGCUCUGGCUGAGUCCUGAUGAGAGCCCUCUCAACGCCAGACUGCUGGUCUAUGUAGGACAGCUGGGUACAGAGUGGACCGCUCCAGGCGAGUUCAGCAAGUUCAGGUCCCAGUCCUCCAAGUCUGUGCACCUUAUCUCAUCCAGACGAUACUACUUUGAGAUCCUCCACAAGCAGGAUGACAAGGGCUCGGAUCACGUGGAGGUUGGGUGGCGUCCCUUCCUCCCUGGUCUGAAAUAUGAAGUGAUAGACUCUGCCUACAUCUCCCUAUACACUGAUGAGUCCAAUCUGAAGAUGAACAGCGUGGACCACAUCCCCCAGACCUUGGCCAGUCACAUCCAUCUCCCAGAGGAGGCUCAGCCCCAGGGUCUGGAAGGCGGCAGCAUCAUACGGCAUGGAGCGGAUAUGUUAAAGCCAGACCCCAGGGACACCUUCUACAGCACUCCUAUGAUUGACCCCUCCCGACUGGAAAACGUUCUUCCGGCUUGUCUCUACUCUCCAACCUAUGUAGUCAAAGACUUUCCCAUCGCCAGAUACCAGGGCCUGCAAUUUGUCUAUCUGUCCUUCGUUUACCCCAAUGACUUCACCCGUCUCACCCACAUGGAACGAGAGAACAAGUGUUUCUACAGAGAGUCCCCUAUCUACUUGGAGAAGUUUGGUUUUUACAAAUAUAUGAAGAUGGAUGAGGAGGAAGAUGACAGACCGUUCUUCUUCCCCAACCCAGAUGAUUUCCUAGAGGAAGAGGAGGUGGUGGAUGUUGAGGACGAGGCGGAGAUCGUUGGCACACAGUCGCCCAAAAAGCCCUCUCACCCCAGCCAGAUCAGCCACACCUCCAACCCCUCUAUUCAGCACUCAAAGCCUGUGCCCACACCAGCUGGAAGAGAGGGGGAAGAAGAGGAGGAGGACCUUGAUGAAGAGGGGGAAGGAGCGGUUAACAGUAUCAUACGCCGCAGAGAAAGGAGACACUUCCCUCACAGAGAUGGACAGAUGGAUAGGGAUCUGGACAGAGACUGGGGGAGAGAUCACACAGACAUGAGACAGGAUGCCAGUAAGGGACUUGAAGAGACCCAAUCCAGGGUCCUUGACCCUGACAUGGACAGCGUGGUGCGGGGUCGCUCCUUGUCUUGGAUCCGCACUGGCCCUGCAGAGAUGAGCCCUGGCAGGAAAGGAGGAGCAACAGGUGGUGGUGGAGGAGAAGAGAAAGGAGCUGAAACUCCGCCUAAACUGAGCAAAUCUUCACUCCUUUUCCCCCAAAAGUCCUCCCUGUCUGCCCUCGCCAGCCGAGCCAAGCAGAUCCUCAGCAACUCCGCCCAUAGCAACAACCUCCAUGAUAAAAACAACAAGUUUGGAAACAAGAAGGAGAAGAGAGAGGAGAAAAAGAUCUACAUCACCAGGCCUCGACCUGCCAAGGAGCGGGAGAAGGAGAGGGAACGGGAGAGGGAGCAGCGUCGGGAGAGAAGGGAGGAGAGGGCAUCUCGCCACCCUAGAGAGGUGUUCCCGGGGGUCUUUCUGUACCAAACUGGCAAGACCACAAGGUUGGUCAACUUAGGUGCUAAAGGACAUGCUGGGGGAGGCAUAACAGGAGGAAGGAGUCUUGUUAGUGCCCCUCAGCUCUGGCCCAAUCCCCCAACAAAAGAGGGUAAGACAUCUCCCAAUGGAAGCAUCAACAUACAGAAUGAAAGUGUACAGAAAUCUGCUAGAAGGGCAGCAGGGGCAAACCAAGCGGAGAAAAGCGCAAGGAAAGGGGAGCACUGGGAUUUAAAGACUACUGUCUCUGCAGAUGCACCCGACAAAGUUGACCCUCUAACCUCCCUGUCCCCUCAUCAAGAUCCCCCUCCAGUUACCCAGCAAAGGUUGAACUCCACAGCAAACACGCUCCAAGGUCAAACACGGGUCACCUCUUACCUCAGGACCUCCGAGAUCACAGAGUCACAGCAGCAGCCGGACCCGGACCCCAACCCAGCAGAGCUGGACCAGGAUACAAACCGCUCUAAUCCUGACCCUGACCCUGAUCCUGAGCCUGAACCUGAAGAGGGAGAGAUGUCGGACUACAGCUACGAGGAGGUCGAGGCUCGGCCAGGUUGGGCAGAGGAGAGCAUCAACUGGCAGAGGACCUUCUCAGUCAACCCGAUGGACUUUGAGCUGCUGCGAUCUGACUGGAACGACCUGCGCUGCAACGUGUCUGGCAACCUCCAGCUGGCAGAGAGCGAGGUGGUAGACGUGUUGGCGCAGUACAUGGAGAAACUCAACGAACGCAACGGAGGGAUCUACACCCUGCUGCGUAUCGUCAACGUUGAGAAGCGGCGCGACUCUGCAAGAGGAAACCGUUACUUGGUAGAGCUGGAGCUAAUGGAGAGAGGUCGCAGCGUGGUGCGUCUGUCAGAAUACAUUUACCUGCUGCUUCACCGCAGCAGGCAGGGAGAGGAAAGUCUAGAGAACACUGACUUUGCCCCCGCCUCUGCACCGGCCCCGGCUCCAUCAGCAGCCACGUCCACCCUCACCACCCCACCUCCCCCUCCCUCCACCAAGUCACCCGCCCGGCCCGGAGCGACCCCCUGGAGCACGGCCUAUGCUAAGCCUUUGCUUUGUCAGCCACUCAUGCUGCAGUGGAGGAGAGAUGUCAUGGUGCACUUUGUGGUGCCAGUGAAAAACCAGGCUCGCUGGGUACAACAGUUUAUCUCUGACAUGGAGAAUCUUCAUCGCCAGACAAAGGAUGACAAUUUCAGCAUCAUCAUUGUCGACUUUGAGAGCGAAGACAUGGACGUAGAGCAGGCACUAAGAGAGAGUAGUGUGCCAAGAUAUGAAUAUCUAAGGAGAGAAGGCAACUUUGAGCGCUCAGCAGGCCUGCAGAUCGGAGUGGACACUAUUGAGGAUAGCCACAGCAUUGUGUUCCUGUGUGAUCUGCACAUCCACUUCCCUCUCAACAUCUUGGAAAGCAUCAGGAAGCACUGUGUGGAGGGACGCCUUGCUUUCGCCCCCAUUGUCAUGAGACUCAGCUGCGGCAGUUCGCCAAAGGAGCCUGAUGGUUACUGGGAGGUGAACGGCUUCGGCCUGUUUGGAAUUUAUAAGUCUGAUUUUGAUAAGAUUGGAGGGAUGAACACAGAGGAAUUUAAAGACCGCUGGGGUGGAGAAGACUGGGAGCUGCUAGACAGGGUACUGCAGAAUGGUUUGGAGGUAGAGCGACUACGCUUGAGGAACUUCUUUCACUACUACCACUCCAAACGCGGCAUGUGGAACGCCCAGAACAAGAAAACUCCUAAGGGAUAGUGCCCCCUGCUGGUCAGAGGAUUCUGAACCUAGCUGCAGAUCCACUGUGUGUGAGAGAGAGACCUGUGGGAGCUCGCUCACUGCCUGAACUCUGCCUUUUUUUUGAAACAGGCUCCUCUCGGGGACGCCUCUGUUUCU